AGCCCCUUAUAAGGCUGGAGGCCCUUGAAGCCUGUGCUCGCCUCGGCGUCCUGGGUCCUUCGUCGGCUACGCAGCUCUGGGUCCGCGCCUCUACGCAGCAGCCAUGCCGCCGUACACCAUUGUCUACUUCCCGGUUCGAGGGCGCUGUGAGGCCAUGCGCAUGCUGCUGGCUGACCAGGGCCAGAGCUGGAAGGAGGAAGUGGUGACCAAAGAUACCUGGAUGCAGGGCUCGCUCAAGUCCAGCUGUCUAUACGGACAGCUCCCCAAGUUUGAGGAUGGAGACCUAAACCUGUACCAGUCCAAUGCCAUCUUGAGGCACUUGGGCCGCUCCUUCGGGCUUUAUGGGAAGGAUCAGAGGGAGGCCUCCCUGGUGGAUAUGGUGAAUGAUGGGGUGGAAGACCUUCGCUGCAAAUAUGUCACCCUCAUCUACACCAAAUACGAGGAUGGUAAGGAUGACUAUGUGAAGGCCCUGCCUGGGCACCUCAAGCCUUUUGAGACCUUGCUGUCCCAGAACCAGGGAGGCAAAGCCUUCAUCGUGGGUGACCAGAUCUCCUUUGCCGAUUACAACUUGCUGGACCUGCUGCUGAUCCACCAGGUCCUGGCCCCUGGCUGCCUGGACAGCUUCCCUCUGCUCUCGGCCUAUGUGGCCCGUCUCAGUGCCCGGCCCAAGAUCAAGGCCUUUCUGUCCUCCCCCGACCAUGUGAACCGUCCCAUCAAUGGCAAUGGCAAACAGUAGUGAACGGAGGAGACAGAAGCUGUUUGUACUUC